CAAAGACCAAUCACUCCAUUCUCCACCCGUGAAGCUGAGACCUCCAUGGCCAAAGUUCUUCCGACAUCCUCUUCCCUUUUCAUCAUCACUAUCUCCUUCCUCAUCUUCUUUGUCAUUCUUCCGGUCACGGGAGAAAAUAAUGGCUUCAUAAAAACGGUUGACCGGAAAACUUUCGGUUUCAAAAAGGAAAAGCUUAGCCAUUUUUGCAUCUAUUGGCAUGACAUCGUUAGUGGCCGCAGUCCCACAUCUGUGUCUGUUACUCAGCCGUCCAUAAACUCAUCUACCGGCUUCGGUGUGAUGAACAUGAUCGAUAAUCCCUUAACUGAGGGCCCGGAAUUGAGCUCAAAAUUGGUUGGGAGGGCUCAAGGAUUUUAUGCAUCUGCAUCACAACAAGAGAUUGGUUUAAUAAUGGCUAUGAACUUUGCUUUCAUUGAGGGAAAAUAUAAUGGAAGCACGAUUACGGUGCUCGGGCGGAACUCAGUUUUCAACAAGGUAAGGGAGAUGCCGGUGAUCGGAGGGAGCGGACUUUUCCGGUUUGCUCGGGGCUAUGUUCAGGCCAGAACUCAUACCUUUGACAUUAAUACUGGAGAUGCCACUGUUAAGUAUGAUUGCUAUGUGAUGCACUAUUGAUGUUUCGUGAUAUGCUCGCUUUUUUAUGAUUAUAGCUAAUAAUAAUGAUGUUCCUUUAUAGCUAAGAAUCUUUCUCUUUAAAUAUCCAAUUGAAACUUUUCUAGGCAUCUAAAAAUAAUGUUUCGGUGUGAAAUCCCCACCUAUCAAUUGUCAUUGGGAAAUUUACUCUCGCUCUCCCAAGUAUGCCGUUUAUCACACUGCCCAUCUUAUUUUCAACUACUGUUGUUGAUUUUACGUUAUCC